CAGACAAACGGCAGAGAGGGAAUGGCUGCUUGCGCAACUGACGGUAUGCUGCAAAAAAAAAAAGAAAAAAAAAGUGAAUGUCAAAAUCACGUUAAAGCAUGUCACGUGACUGCUGCGUCCAUACCUCCAGCCUGCCAGACACCACAGCUGAGUUUCGGCAACUGUACCAGCCGAGGACACGAUGAACACACUGCUGACCUUGUCCAUCCCCUUGUUGUUCAGCUCGUUGGCCUGGAGUGGAUAUCUGGAACAUGACCAAGAUGUCUUGAUACCAGACGACUGGACUCAUGUGGGUCGGGUUAACCCCUCAGAGGAGCUGGAGCUGACCUUUGCCCUGAAGCAGCAAAACACUGACCUGCUAGAGGAAACACUCAGGCUGGUGUCGGACCCUGACUCAGCACAAUAUGGUAAGUACCUCACCCUGGAAGAAGUGUCGUCCCUCGUGCGUCCGACUGAGCUGACCCAGAAAAUGGUGCAUCACUGGCUGCAGAGUAAUGGGAUUACAAACUGCCUGACUGUACGCACUCAGGACUUUUUACAGUGCACCAUGACUGCAGAGGUUGCAGAGACCCUGCUUCCAGGUAGCAAGUUCCACCGUUACAUCAGGGAUGGCCACUCUUUGGUGAGGUCUUCAGCUCCGUACUCUGUUCAUGAUGAUGUUCACCAGCACCUGGACUUUGUUGGAGGGCUUCACCGCCUCCCUCCUAAAGGGCAGGACCUCCGCAAAGCCUCGUCUAACAGGAAGCAAAAGCGGUCCAAGGCAGGGCUGCACCUGGGAGUGACUCCCUCUGUCUUGAGAGCCCGCUAUAACCUCACAGCAACUGAUGUGGGAACAGCUCAGAACAACAGCCAGGCUGUAGCUCAGUUCCUGGAGCAGUACUACAGCGAUGCAGACCUGGCAGAGUUCAUGUGCAUGUAUGGCAGAAGCUUCAAGCAUCUCUCUCGGGUGUACCGGGUCGUAGGCACCCAGGGAGCAGGAAAGGUCGGUAUUGAGGCCAGUCUGGAUGUAGAGUACAUCAUGAGCACAGGGGCAAACAUCUCCACAUGGGUCUUCACCAAUCAAGGUCGUCACGAGUCCCAGGAGCCGUUCCUCCAGUGGAUGGUUUUGCUCAGCAACAUGUCUGACCUCCCCUGGGUUCACACCAUCAGCUACGGAGACGAUGAAGACAGCCUGUCCACUGCAUACAUGAUGCGCAUCAACACAGAGUUUAUGAAGGCCGGCAUCAGGGGAAUCUCUUUGCUCUUUGCUUCUGGUGACAGUGGUGCAGGCUGCAAACAUUUGGGUAAAGGCCAAAACUCCUUCAGGCCAAGUUUUCCUGCAUCAAGCCCAUAUGUGACUACAGUAGGAGGAACAUCAUUCAAGAACCCAUUUAAAGUCACAUAUGAGGUUACAGAUUACAUCAGUGGAGGAGGCUUCAGCAACAUCUUCAAGAUGCCCGACUACCAGGCCAGCGCAGUAGAUGGGUACCUGAAGACUGUAGCAGCAACCCUUCCUCCUCAGUCAUACUUCAAUACCAGCGGCAGGGCCUAUCCAGACAUGGCUGCCCUGUCGGAUAACUACUGGGUGGUCAUGAACAGAGUACCGGUCCCCUGGGUGUCUGGAACCUCGGCAUCAACCCCUGUGGUCGGAGGCAUGCUAUCUCUCAUCAAUGACCAGCGGCUGCUGAAGGGCCUGCCCACCCUGGGCUUCCUCAACCCUCGCCUCUACAAGCUCAAGGGACAAGCUCUGUUUGAUGUGACCGAGGGCUGUCACCUGAGCUGUCUGGACGAACAGGUUCAGGGUCAAGGUUUCUGUGCUGCACCAUCGUGGGAUCCUGUUACAGGAUGGGGGACACCAAACUACCCUGCACUGCUGGCUGCUCUGCUGGCUGAGUGAAACCCCCACAGUUCAUGAGACUGAAACCUACAGGGUGGUGUCUGCUCUGAGAGCAGGUACUCUCCACAAAUCCAGAGGCAGGAUGGUGAAAUAGAGGGAAAAUGCCUGCACUUUAGAUUGAUGCCUCCUUUGUUUUAUUCGGUCAUUUUGCAGUCAAACACUGCGUUAUUCAGGAUUGUUUUAUCUUCACUCGUAUGCAUGUAAGGAUACUCUUGACUCCUUUUUAUCAAUUCUCCAAAAGGCUUAAAACUGUUUCCUUAAAUAUUUUAGGUCGGGGAUAGUGGUGGUUUGGGAUUUUUAUUGCUACACUUGCAGUUGCUUGUUUCUGCUGUUGACUGCAUUUUUAACUGACCCAGAUUUCUCAGUGAAUCUCUCAAACACACUUCCAGGUAUCUUAGUGUUAACAGCAAUCUUAUGCCUUAAAUUCAUGCCGCUAGAUACACAAGCAAGGGGAAGUGUGGGUAAACUGGUUGCUACGCAUAAAGAACACAAUCAUAAUAAAAACCACCUCGAAGAGGUACACACAGGCCUAUUUCAAUAGGUUUUGAUUUUAAUAGUGUUAUGUUAGACGUCAAUUAAGAAUCUUUAUGCAAUAAUUUCACCAGAUCAGGCAAUUCAGCAUAAAAUUAGAUAGAAGUUUGGAUGAGAUGGCCAAAGUGUAAUAUUGGUCUAUUUUGCCAUACUACUCCGCAGGGAUGAGCUAGGUACAAGUCAUAGUUGUAUUUAAUAACAAAUGACUGUUUGCAUGCAAUUCUUAAAAAAAAAAAAAAAAAAGUUAAAUAUGUAUUUGAAAUGAAACGGGAACAUACAGUAUGUAGCAUAAGAUCACCAGGACCUUUUGAAACUUGAUUUUACUUUGUUUUGUUGCCGUUUGUUCUGCGCUAUAAACUAACCAAAUGCACUGUAACGUGGGUUAAACGUGAUUCAGUGCCGCUUCUACCCACCAGCAUUGUUGCACGUCUUUAUCUUUAAACCAUUUAAAUCCUCAAAUCAGAUGUAUUUAAUGUGUGAGACUGCCUGUGAUGCAUUGUUUAUUAAGGAUCGGUUUUUACUUGGAAAUGUCCGUUGAUUGUUUAGGAUGAUCGGGAUGCUGCAGUUUUUAGGAAUGCACCUCACUGAAAAUGUAAUGGAAAUUAAUUGGAGAGUAAUCUGAGAAAUUGCUGAAUUGAUUGUAAUGGUUUUUUUUUUUAAAUGCAUAACUGCCUGCAUUACCUAGUUCAUGUUUUAAUAAUAAUUUAGUUGGGGCCAUGAAAUGAUAUUGCUGUUACUACUGAAGUACAAUUAGUAACAUUUGAGGUUGCAGCUGCCAAAGUGAGCUUCUCUUUAAAAAGUUCUUUUUAAUUUCUAAUGCAAAUGUUUAAAUUCUCCCUCGUCUUUCUCAUGUCAGACAGAAACAAUGAGUUGACUGUGUACUUGAACCAUUGUUACACUUUACCAGUGUUACGAUGCCACUUUCAAGCUGUACAGUUUUAAGUUUUAAGACGUGAUACAAUUGUCAAUCGUAUAUUUGCAGUGUGCUGAAAAAUAAAAGAACAAAAGAACCAGAA